CAAUUCUCAAAAAUCAAAACCGCUCCUUCCGCGAACCAACUGCACCAUUAGCCAGCAUAAACUUAAAACGAAGCAGAUGAGGCAUUACCAUGAUUAUCAUCACCGAGCAGUAGAUGGGCUUGUGACUUUCCUCUCCAAAUCACACCACGACCUUAAUCUCGUCUCCUUCAAGCUCGAGAAGGAGUUCCAGCAUGUCUACUCUGAUAACACGAACCCCAUGAAGCUUGUGUCACGGAUCAACAAAAUACAGCAGGAGUUGGCGUCCAUUCAGGAGCAGUGUCGCGAGCUUCUAGCAGCCAAACAGGAUGUAAUUGACAAAGCCAGGGCAACCUUAGUUUUGAAUCGAUCGUUGCUGCAGAAACUUCAAACACAUGCAGGUCUACCUAUCAUUGAUGACAGUAAUGAUCCAGAAUUUGUUAAUUUUAGCCAGGUAAUCUAGGUUAUUGCAUCAUAAAUCAUAAUCCUUUUUACUUUAUGGUUUUCUCAAGAACCAAGGUUUACCUAAUCACCUUACAACACUAAUUGCUCCCAUAUUAUACCUGAUUACCUCUCAAAAUUGAAUGAUUGUUCAUAUCACAUUCUAUUGGCAUGUGAAAAAGUUCUGAGAGUGGUUGAAAUGACUGUUUUCCAAGCCGUUUUAAGCUGUCAGUUACACUUUCAUCUAUGUAUAAAGUUAUCCUCGAUAUUUUUAUUGCUAUUAUGAUUAUGAGUGCUGAAUUCUGUCUUUUUGACUGGUCAUACUUCUGCAUGUGGAAGAAAUAAAUGAAAGGGGUCAAUAUGUUUUUUGUCUUUGCAAAAGCGUCAUUUAUUUCAGGUUCUUGUAAAAUUACUCCCUCCGUCCCGGUGUUUUCAUCCACUUUUGCUUUGGCACAAUUACCAAGGAGAAAGUCUAGAAGAGGAAAAAGUCUCAAAUACCCUUAUAUUCAAAGCUCACAAAAAAUUGAAAACCCAAACUUUCUACUCACAAAUCGCUACUCACCUCUUCCAAUCAGCAAUCGCUGAACACAUAAAGAGGAUUAUACGAGAUGGAAAGCUUCGUCACCCGCUUCUGGCUCUUCAAUGGCUGCUUCUUCGUUCAAAACAUUGUUAAUUUUUUGACCUGGAAAUUGUCUAAACCUCAUCUCUACUAUUUACGGACCGAAACAAUUGUUAUUCUGCAUAGCCACUUCCUUCGAAUCCUGCGAUGGAGUUGUCGUCCCCGUCAUUGAUUUGCCGUCGAAAGACACAAGAUGUGAGUACAGUGCAUCACUAUUUAAUAAAUAUUUGAUUAUGAGAACUGGAUCCUUGGAAGCGGGCUGAUCGGGAGUAACAUCAACGAUGGAUUCAGGAAGAUGAUGGAUUGUGGAAGAGGAUGAUGACACUUGUCCAGAUCUUGCAGAUGAAGCAUUCAUGGCUGGACAAUAUCGAGAAGUGAAAAGAAAAGGCUUAAAUUUAAGAGGAGAGUAAAAUGGACGAUAGAGACAUUUGAGCCAUACUUAAAAAGGAAAGUGGACGAAUACAUUGGGACGACCCAAAAUGGAAUACUGGACAAAAAGAGUGGGACGGAGUCACAGAGGGAGUAUUUAUUUUUGCUAUUCAUCAUUGUAAUUUAUGUUUUGUAUGUUGACCCCUAUUAAAUAAAAACAAACGUGAUUU